UUCUGGGAUGUAUUGUUUUCGUUCUGCGAGGGCCUUCGUGAGUACGUGCCUUGUGAAUAGCAUCAGUUGCGUCUAAAAUGCGAAUAUAGACUGCACACAGACCAAUGUUUACGAAAAGUUAUCAUAUGGAUAUUAAUAAACACUGUAUGUAAAAUAAUAUAUAUUUACAAAGGAACCGACAUGCGCAACUCACGCAGCCCAGAUCCUCGCGAACCGAGCUAGCUAGUGUAUCCAGGUCAAAGGUUACUUUUUUUUAACAACACAUGUUCUUGCACCCAUGCGCAUUUAGUUGGACUAAGUUACAUUUCACAUUUUAGCAGUACACAGAGGUCAUGUCAAACGAUGUAUCUUCGUCAAGUGAUGAGGCAAGUGACACCGAGGAGGUUCCGCAAAAACGGAGAAAGCAGGCUUCAAGGUAUCAGUGUCCAGCUGAUUUUGUGGCAUUUGCCCAUAAACCCUGUGCCAGUACCCUCAUCGAAAGGGUUUGUGAGGACAACAUAGAAUUAUGGCUCAUCAAAGCUCCCAGCAGUUUCAACCCGGACAGUUUCAGCAGUCUGAAGAUGCCUCUGUCUGGGCUGCAAACCAUGCAGGCCCCUGCCCAGCAGUCGUGUAGUGGUGGGAACAUCAGGCAGAUCUACAGCGUGCUGGGUGGGCCCUCUGGUGCUGCGGACCUCCAUCUCCUCACCAGUCAACCCCAGACGCUCGACUUGAUGGUCUGUGCCCCGGCCUUCAGCGGGCUCCUCAACAUCUGUGAGAGCUACGGUGACUGCAGCACCAACCAGACCCCCAUUGCCAUCCCAGCCACCCCAGCCCCCACUGUGCCCCCAGGGCUCCGCCAGCGCUUCCAGCCUUUCGGAAGCAGGACCCCCACCCUCUCCAGACUGAUGGAGGAUACACCGGAUACUCCGCUGCCGUCUACACCAGAGACGCCUCUCAGGGUCACACUGGACCCGGGGGAGGAGAGGAAGAGCAAGAAGAAAAAGAAGAAAGACAAACUUAUAAAGAUGGAGGAGGGGGUCAGGGUGAAGCAGGAGCUGCUAGAGAUGACUCACAGCCCAGAGGAGCCAUAUAAACUUCCUGGGCAGGAAGCUGAGCUCUCAGAAGAGAAGAGGAAGAAGAAGAAGAAAAAGAAGGAUAAGGACAGGGGAGAGGUGGAGGACACUGUAUAUUCAUCUUUUAAUAUAAUUAAAAAAGAGGUGGAAGUUAAAGUUGAACCAAUGGACAGUUCCUAUGGUGAAGUUGAAGAUUCUGGAAAAAGGAAGAAAAAGGUGAAGAAAAACAGGCAUGAUGAUGACUAGUCUGUUGUUUUUUUGUGGUAAUCUGGCUUUGUGAAGUUAUAAUAAUAAUAAUAAUAGUAUCAUUCAAUUAAGCAGUUCAACAAAUAAUUAUUAUGCUACUGUACUGUCAUUUGGAUUUUGGGGGGGAAAUUUGAUCAUCUAAUAAAGCCGAGACGAUAACACAUACUGGAGUGUACAGACUUGUGCCUCUAUUCACACGAAACAAAAAUAUAAACGCAACAUGUAAAGUGUUGGUUUCAUGAGCUGAAAUAAAAUAUCCCUGAAAUUUUCCAUACUCACAAAAA